AUCGUCAGCGUCAAUGGAGACGACACCGUGCUGAGUGCACUCGCGCUUAUGCAGAAGGAGCAGAUCUCGUCGCUGGCAAUCAUAGGCCAGUGCGAUACGCUUAUUGGAGCGCUGUCCAUGACUGAUGUGAAGUGGAUUGUCUCCACAUUCGAGUUCGAGUGGCUCUGGAGGGACUGUCUGGAUUUCGUAAACAUGCUGCGAUCUACCCAGGUACGCAGUUUCUGUCUUGUUUUGGGGUGCGUUGGAUAG